AAAAUAAUCGCGUUAAGAACGGUGUAAAAUCUAUGCUUCAGUAGCCCUAACAACGACAUCCAAAAAGCGACAAGGCGAGGGAGGAAAUGGAUGCGCACGCGAAGUCGAUGGAGUCAGACUUGCUUCAGAACGAUCGGAAAUGUGAGUUUCACGGCGUGUCUGUUUCCCAUGUCUCGUCGUCAUCUUCCCGAGAAGCUUCACCGGUGGCCGCAGUGUCUGCCUGGUUUGUAGCCGAUCGGUUUGGUGGGCAUUUCCUUCGGUUUGGUCUGCCGAGUUUUCCCUCCUCUACCGUCCACAUCGACAUUGGCACUUCUAAGCUUUUCAAACUAGGGCCUAAGGAUUUACUCUGUGUUAUCGAAGUUUCUGAGAUUGAAGGCUCUACAGAUAAACCCUGUUCGAGAGCAUUGAGGAUUGAAUUCGAAACAGAGGAUACGUGCAAAGCCUUUCAUUUAAAAUUUGAGCUCUGGAAGCAGAAAAUACCUCGCACGGGCACAG